AUGUUAGUGGUUGGAUUGACUGGUGGUAUUGCCAGCGGAAAGUCUACGGUUUCCGCUCAACUUCAUGAUAAAUAUAAAUUUCCAAUAAUUGAUGCAGAUAAAAUCGCUAGAGAGAUAGUCGAGCCAGGCAAGCCGGCAUACCAAAGUAUUGUCAAAUACUUUGAAAAGAAAAUAACGGGACUUUUAAAAGAAGACGGAACUCUAAAUAGGCCAGCAUUAGGAAGAUAUGUCUUUUCAAAUAAAAGUGAACUUCAAAUUCUCAAUUCCAUUACACAUCCCGAAGUCCGUAAAGAAAUUCUCAGAAGAAUCUUAAAGUGUUGGCUUCAUUUCGAGCAGAUUUGUAUAUUGGAUGUACCAUUAUUGUUCGAAGCGGGUAUGGAUAAAAUAUGUGGAAAGACGAUUUGUGUGAUAUGCAACGAGGAAAUUCAGCUUCAAAGGUUGAUGAAGAGAAAUUCCGAAUUGACUAAAGAAGAUUGCAUUAAUCGAAUUCAUAAUCAACUUAGUAAUAAGGAGCAAUCCUCCAAAGCAGACAUUGUCAUCGAAAAUGAUGGCACUUUAGAGGGACUUUAUAUUGAACUUGAUAAAGAUAUCAAGGGAUUACACCUUGUAAAGCUUUAA